UUAACGAAUGGUUGAAGAUAACUAAUUGGUUUUCAUUUCAAAGUGAAUUGUCAACCAUUAGUUAACUCAUCUCCCGGGCAUUGGUUGACGAUUGGUUAACAAACAGCUGUUCGAAUGUCAAUUUUUAUUAAAAGAAAAAUAAAAUAAAUCUAAAAAGCAAUUUGGUGGGAAGUAGUGCUCACAACAAUGGAGUUCAGUGACAGUGACGACGAUUACGAAGAGCUGCUAAAAGUGGUAAUUUUCCGUCGGAAAAAAGAAAUCCGGGAGCGAUUUAAUUUCUUUCGACUUUAUGAUGAAAAGGACUUUAGAGAGCGUUUCCGCCUAUGCAAAGAUGCUGCAUGGGAAGUAUUGCAGCUCAUACGUCCAGAUAUACAGCAUGCUACCACAUGGAAUAAUGCGUUGUCGCCGGAUCAUAUGUUGACGAUUACAUUGAGGUUUUAUGCCACUGGCAGUAUUCAGCAAUUGAUUGGAGAUGUGUCAGGAGUGUCUACUAGCACAGUAUCAAGAGUUGUUACUCUUGUUUCAGAUAAAAUAGCAAGGUUGCGAGAACGUUUCAUACGAUUCCCUACUACAACGGAAGAUAUACAUCAAAACAGAUAG